AUGCUAUCACGAACGCUCCUCCGCGCCCGCCUCUCCCGCCCGCAUCCUCACCCUCCGCUCCUCCUCCUCCUCCGCGCCUACACCUCCCGCCACGACCCCGGCAGCACCGCCCAGCCCGGCAGCACCCCACAACACCCCUACUCCCAGCCCACCGACACCGGCUACACCCCGCCCGAGCACCACCACUCCAAGCCCCCCGCCCCCUCGUUCGACGCCGCACCCACAUCCAGCAUCCCCCACGUCGGCACCGCCGCCAAUGCGCCGCCAGAGCUGGUCAACGGCGCUGAGCCCGCCACCCCCAUCCUGUCCAGCGAGCGCGGGCCGGGCCUCGGCGGCAUCUUUGGCAGCGCGGGGGAGAAGGAGCUCGGCGUGGGGGAGAUGGCGGAGGCAAAGUUCCGCAUUGAGCCGUUGAGGCGCACGGGGGAGGAUCCGGCGACGAUGAGGGCGAGGCUGCUUUACCAAUCCCGCAAGCGCGGCAUCCUCGAAACCGACCUCCUCCUCUCCACCUUCGCCGACACCCACCUCCCCACCAUGACACCCGCCCAACUCCACCAAUACGACCGCUUCCUCGACGAGAACGACUGGGACAUCUACUACUGGACCACCCAGUCCCCGCCCACAACCUCCACCGAAUACGCCGAAGGCGGCUCCUCGACGCUCGCCACCCCCACCGCCGCCGGCCGUCCCCCCUCUGCCGCCGCCGAGGCCGCCGCUGAAAAUACUAGUGUGUCCCGCGCGACCUCGGCGCGCGGGAAGAGCGCCGACGUGGCUGCUGCUGCUGCCGCGGGCCAGAUUGCUGUCGGGGCAGAGAGCCAAGCGGCGAGUGGGCAGGCGGCGCCGCAGUCAGAGAGCCAGAUGCAGGGCGCGGGGUCGGGGACGGGUGCGCCGCUGGGGUUCGGGGAGGGCCCCGUGGGCGAGUGGGCGCAAACGGUGGGGCGGGUGAAGGAGCCGUAUCGGCCGCCGCCGAGCAGGUGGCGGGAUAGUGAGAUAUUGGGGAUGCUGAGGAGCCAUGUUGAGGCGAGGAAGGGGGGCGUGAUGGGUGGGAGGCCGAAGGGGUUGGGGAUGAUGCCGGAUGUGAGGCAGUUUUAG